AUGGACUAUAUUUUUUUGCUUUUGGGUUUAUACCUAACCUCAAUCAAGCCAACUUUUAUUGGAAUAAGCAAGAAAGGAUCAGUGGAGCAGUACUCAGCAGCACCAUACCUAGCGACGCUCGUGAACUGCAUGGUUUGGACCCUUUAUGGUCUACCCAUGGUGCACCCACACAGCCUGCUGGUGGUAACCAUCAAUGGCUCAGGGUGUGUCAUUGAGAUCAUCUAUGUGACCCUUUUCUUGAUCUACUCUCACCGCAGCAAGAGGCUCAAGGUCCUCCUCUGGCUCGUCGUGGAACUCAUUUUCAUCGUAGCUCUCACCGUUAUUACAUUAACUAUGGCCCACACCGUCAAGGAACGCUCUUCCAUUGUUGGAACCACAUGCAUUCUCUUCAACAUUAUGAUGUAUGCUUCGCCCUUAAUGAAACUGGUGAUCACGACCAAAAGCGUUGAGUAUAUGCCAUUUUUCAUCUCUCUAGCCUCCUUUGGAAAUGGCGUGGCUUGGACAACUUACGCUCUCAUCCGUUUCGACCCAUUCAUCACUAUACCAAAUGGGCUUGGGACAUUUUUUUCGGUGGCUCAACUGAUUCUGUACGCCACCUAUUACAAGUCGACGAAGAGGCAGAUUGCUGCAAGGAAAGCCAACGGAGAGGUGGAUCUGACACAGGUGGAGGUUGCUGAUAGUGGCCAAGAAUCCAAGCCAAAUCAUUGA